AUGUUUAAGAAUGAAAAAGUAAAAGCUAGAGAAACUUUUAGAAUAUCGUCUGCACUACAAGAAACGGUUGCCUCUGUUGCAGUUGCUGCCACAUUCUUAGGUGCUGCUGCUACUAUCCUUAGGAGAAGAAUAAAAUCUUCUGAAGUAACUGAGACAAAAACUGAAGGUGUAGAUCUUCACUGUGAACUUCUGGAAAUUCAAGAACAGUCUGUGCUGUUUUGCUUUCGACUCAGACUCAAUGAUUGGCAGGUUCCUAAAAAAGCCUGGGAAGACCGUGAAAAAUCGGGCUUCCCAAAAAGUGGAGCUACUGCACAAAAUGUUCUUCAGCUCGAUCCUGUAGUUUAUGUGGAGGCAGUUGGAAGAUAA